GGAACGCUAGUUUCGAAAGCGAGAUGUUUCUGUUUUCAUCGUCUAACUUGCACAUUAUGCUAUUGCCACAGUUGAUAAUUAUUGUUUGAUAAAGGUUUAGUUUUCUGUGGAAAUCGCACGUGUGUGCAGUGAAAGGCUUGCAAAUCUUAAUUACUUUGGAAUUGGCGCCGAGUCUAAUUUUUACCUGAGAAUAAUUAGGACGAGUUAAUACGAGAAGAUGGCUCGGAGUAUGUUUAAAAUUUUGUCCAAAGACGACAUUUUAUAGAGUAGAUGGCGCGCUGAUAUUUAAACCGAUUAUGGCGCAAUUUGCGGCCGUGGUUUGGUAACGCAAGGAGUAUUUGGUUGCGAUAAUUGCAGGGAUCGGUGGGGGCGUGAGUAAUAUUUUAAUUACGUGUAGGGGUUAAUUUUAAACCGUUAAGUUUGUCGUUACACAAUUAGUUUAAUCGUCCAAAUUUAUUGCCGCAAAUAUCAAUACUAAUGGUUAAGGUUUCGCUCCUAUGCGCGAGUACGUCGCCGCUAUCGGUUUCGGUUUGGGGGUGGUGUAAUCAAUAGAGACGACGGAGUCGGGUAGUAGAGUGUUCUUGCGAGUCGGGUGAAUGAAACCAGUAUUUAUUUAUCGAAAUGCAGCCGCCGCCAAGAAAGGGGAAUUACGUAAAAUUUCUCAAAAAUUUACACUCCGAGCAAUUAGCGAAGUUAUCGGCGAAAAAUCAACACGAGUGUGAUCUCUUAGAAGAUAUAAGAACGUUCACCCUUAAAAGAUCUGCAAUAGAGAAAUCAUAUUCGGAAGCAUUAUUAAAAAUAUCGUCGGCGUAUCUCAAUAAAAAAAUUCCUAAUAUUCCCGAUAUUAAAUUGGAGGGCGGCGAAGAGAAAUGGAACAUGUGGAGCGUGUGGAGGACCGUGCUCGAGGAGAAUGAAAAGUUGGCACGCGCCAGGCUCGCUGCAGUUGAAGUUUUCCAACAGCAAAUCGCGGACGAUGUUAAAUUACUGCGAGUCCACAAGGUGCAGACUUCGCGAAGGUGUACGGAUCAAUUGGCUGUUGUGCAGAAGGAAUUGCAAACCUGUGUUCAAGACGUGGACAAAACGAAAAAAUUAUAUUUCGACGAAGAACACAGCGCCCACGACGUUAGAGAUAAAGCUAGAGACAUAGAAGAAAAAUUAAAAAAGAAAAAAGGUUCGUUUUUCCAAUCGAUAACCUCGUUACAGAAAAAUAGCGCCAAAUUCUCGACAAAACGUGAUCAAUUAGAAGAAAAAUCGAGCGGGGCCAGAAACGACUACCUCCUCUGCCUGGCAGCGGCGAAUGCACAUCAAAACCGCUACUUCGUCGUCGAUCUCCAAUUGGCAAUGACUUCCAUGGAAAGCAACGUUUACGAUAAAGUUGCCGAAUACUUCUCCCUGAUGGGACGCACCGAACUACUCACGUGUUCUGCCAUGCAAAACUCGUUCGGUAAAAUUAGGGAUCAGGCCAAACAGCUUACAAGGGAAUACAAUCUCCAAUGCUGUUACCUUUACUAUCCAGUUUUAAAGCAGCACGUCCAGUACGAUUUCGAGGCGUGCGACAACGAUCCCGUAGAGCACAUUACCGCCGAACACGAUUCGGCCGCGGCCACGCUCAGCAAGGAGGCGAGGAGGUGGGCGACGAAGAUAGCGCGCGACAAUAACAACAUCAAGGAUUACGUACGCAGGUUGCAGAUUUAUAACGCGCUCAGAGAGUCCGGCCAGAGGAUCGACCCGAACGAUCAGGCCGGGCCGGAUUUGGACACCAAAAUCGACGACAUGAAGCAGAAUAUACGCAGAGCCGAAACGUCGAAGAUGAAGGCGGAGGCGCGAAUCGAGUGUCUCAGAUUGGGGGGUGUGAAUGUUGACGAGUGGUUGCGAGAAGCGGAGUCGCUGACAGUUCAGGAUAUACAACGUUCCGCCAGUUCGCUAUCGGAUCAUCCUAGUUCGGAUUCGUUUUACGAUAGCGACUUCGCAGACGCCGAGCUUCCAGUCGUGGACAAAGUUCAGCAUGCGGAAUCGGAGGGGACCCCAGAACCUGUAGAGAAUCCAGAGGUCGACGGUGAGUGGGCUGUGCUGGAACAAGAGAGGCAGAGAAUAGAGCAACUGACUGCCGGCUGGGACGAUCCGACGCAGGUGGAUUGGGGUGCCGAAGAGUCAGAGAGGACGGACGACGUGGCCAGCGAGCGAGCGUCAUCUGGGCCAGUUCUAAAAUGCACCGCGCUUUAUUCAUACACGGCUCAAAAUCCAGACGAAUUGACAAUAGUCGAAAACGAGCAGCUGGAGGUGGUAGGCGAGGGCGACGGCGACGGAUGGCUACGCGCCCGAAACUAUCGCGGCGAAGAAGGUUACGUCCCCCAUAACUACCUCGAUGUUGAAAGAGAACAGUCGAGCAGGACCGGCCUCGUGACACAAAUAUCGUUUUCAUCCGUCGACUACACUGUGGAUAACGAAGAGGAAGCGCAAGCGCCAUCGGAAACGAACCAAUCUCCCGAACAGGUCUCCGUUAUUCAUCUGUCACAGAAGGAGCCUGACAACGUUCAGUACACUUACUGCUGCGCCCUCUACGACUAUGAAGGAGAAGGCGAGGAGGAACUAACCUUUGAGGAGGGACAAAUAAUUAAAGUGUUAAGUAAAUGCGCACAUAGUGUUGACGACGGCUGGUGGCAGGGCGAACUCGAAGGUCAGAUAGGAAAUUUCCCCUCGCUAGUUGUAGAAGAGUGCGACGAGUACGGCGAGCCGCUAACAAACCAAUGGGACGAAACGCCACCGUGCUCCGCACCGCCGGUUUUCACACCACCCGACAUCCCUAACUUCCUGAUGACAUCGGAGGUGAUAGUAACCCAAGCCGCGCCGAUGGUAGAUCAUACAACGUUGAACGAACAGGAUCAGGAAAACGAGAACGACGUAGCGGAGGAGAAGAAGAGAGAACAAGGAAAAUUUGCAAUGGAAAUGAGUCCGGACCAGCACGAGCAGUACGGAUCACAGUUUCGUUCGGACGGAGUUCCAAUUAUCGGAUUAAUUGUGGAAGAUGAGGAUGGAAAACAAAUUUUUGAAGACGAGGACGGCGUCAAAGACGAGGAAGAUCCCGGCUUAGGCGUCGCCCAAAUCGUGAUAACGGCCGCGACGCCGAUGAUCGAGGAAGCCGAAAAGCCGUUCCCGCCGGUCGAGGAGACGCCGUCAGUGAACCACGUCGAUCAGCAGGUGGAGACGAUCGAAGAGGAGCUCGAGGAGGAGGACGAAGAAGACGAAUCGAAAACGAUAGAGCAGACGAUAUGCGAAAAUAAGCUGGCGGAACAGAAGGCGAUAUCCGAUACGCCCGAGGAUCUCGAGGGACGACCGUCCAAUGAAGAUCAAACGACCGAAUCGUCCACCCUUCCGGUAAGUAGUAGUACGGGAAGCGAUGGCGAAACUACAGGUCCGAGUACGGCAGAAAAUUCCUUAAGUCAGACACACGAAGAGGACAUGGCUGAUCCGCCUCCGAAACAGGUGGUGGGCGGACGGGCCAGUAUUCCCGACGAAUUAGAACCCCAUCAACUAGCACAAUUACAAGAUCUUAAGGAAUCGAACGCCUAGACUGUAAGUGGACUAUUAGCUGCAAUAUUUUUUGAUGGAGCUGUAGUUGUUAAAUAUACUUAUUACGCUUCAAUAGUAUAUUUUUAAAAUGGUAUCCAGGAGUACACCAGAAUUACGCGCGUACCUGCCCGUUGUGUUUACCUACUCUUAUUUGUUGACUGUUGAAUGAUAGGAGUCCGUUGUUUAUUUGUAAAUUCGUAGUUAGUUAUUUAUGUAUAGGUCCGAUUCCGUUAGCACAAUUAACUCUGGUGUAUUUUCACGGAUACGCGAGUGAAUGAUGUACGCGUUGUCCCAUGGAAGUGAUAGCACAGAUCUCAGACAGAUUGAAGAAGGGUCAUCAAUGUUAGAGCUCAUUUUUUAAUUUAAUUGUCACUGUAAUACGAAUAGAUAAUCUUUAUAUGUUAGCAAUAAGGCGGAUUUAUUAUUAUAUAGAUAUAAUAUUGUUGUUUUAUACAUAAUUUUGCAUAUCCUGGAACUGAGUACUUAUAGACGUACUAGUAUUUACACAACUUCAUUAUUUAGAAAGAAAUUCGUUUAGUAUUUAUCAUGCAUUACAGAAUGCGCGUAACGCAAUACUCGUGAGCACUUUUAUAUUCUAUUAUUGAGACAAAUUAUUGAAUUUAAGUGCGGAUGUGAUGCUUAAAGUUAGCGAUCAAUUAAAGGACACAUUUUAAAUAUUGUUCAUCCCCUAUAAUAAUGAUUAAAAAAUGAUGUAAAACUUCGACGUUUGAUGAAAUUUUGGCGGUAAUGGCAAUAGCUGCCCUAGAUCAUGCUAGCACUUAAGCUAAAAAUUAAAAGAAUUGCUGCGUAGUUUAAGGUUUAAUUAGUUUAAUUCUCAACUUGAAGAACUUGCUUUUAACCAGUUGUGAUCCGAAAAAAAACUUCGCAACGUUGUUAUCGCUCUUAUUCGAGACUUACUUUUUUUCACGUUCGCUAUAAAGCGGUGGAACAAAAUUCAAUUGUGACAAUAUAUUUUUGGAAACGGCUAAAGCGACUACCCUGCCGAAACGCGUCCGACUAAUAGUGGUUAUCUUUUACAUGGAUGUUCGACAUACACAGCUCUUGGGUGUAUAAUUCCCGUAACUUGAGUACAUACACGUUAAUAGUACAUUUUUGCUAAUGGGGCAAAUUCUUCUCUUUGAACGACUCGAAAUUUUUCAUCGCUAACUUUAGGCAUAUGUGAAUAUGCGCUACUGAUGGUUUCUUGCAGAUUUUUAAAAAUGUUAGCAAAAGUCGAAAUGUGAACUUGUCUUGUUAUGUUAAACGAGGAAUGUAUUGAAAUUUUACAAAAAAUUGUACAAAACUAGGAUUCAGGCUACUUUAUGCGAAUUAUAUAUAUUAAAUUCCCCGUCUUCUUUCA